CUUGUUGCAAUCGAAAGCCAUUUCGCUCCCUUUUCUUGCCCUCUUCUUUGGGGAUUAUUUUCACCCUCUCGAGUUCUCGAAUCUUCGACGCCUCCGCUCGCCCAGGCCCCUCUCUGGUCGCGGGAAAAUUUGGCUUUACGGGAAGGGAGUCCAUGGCGAGUCCGAUGGACUCGUCGGUAGCCGCGUUUUCGCUGAAGAACGCCUGGGAUUGGUGGGCCGAGGUGAACGACUCGACCUUGUGGCAGGAUCGGAUCUUCCAAACCCUCGCUGGGCUCUUCGGAUUCGUUUCAGCUGUCGCUCUCAUCCAAUUGCUAAGAAUUGAAUGUAGAGUUCCGGAGGUUGGUUGGACAACGCAAAAGGUUUUUCAUUUCUUGAAUUUCCUCGUCAAUGGGGUUCGGUCGGUUGUCUUUGUAUUUCGUCGGAGUGUGCAACGACUAAAGCCUGAGAUCAUCCAGCAUAUUCUUCUCGAUCUUCCGGGUCUUGCUUUCUUCACUACCUAUGCACUCUUGGUAUUGUUUUGGGCAGAGAUAUAUUAUCAGGCACUAGCAGUAUCUACUGAAGGGCUUAGGCUGACUUUCUAUACAAUUAAUGCAGCAGUUUAUGUUAUUCAGAUUGCACUGUGGUUGCUCAUAUGGUGGAAGCCUAUCCAACCUUUGGUCAUCCUAUCCAAGAUAUUCUUUUCUGGUGUCUCAUUGUUCGCCGCCGUUAUCUUUCUUCUGUAUGGAGGGAGACUCUUCCUAAUGUUGCGACGCUUUCCUGUGGAGUCCAAAGGGCGACGCAAAAAGUUGCAAGAGGUCGGCUAUGUCACAACUAUAUGUUUCUCCUGUUUUUUGGUGAGAUGUGUCAUGAUGUGCUUCAGUGCCUUCGAUAAGGCUGCAGAUCUUGAUGUUCUGAACCAUCCAAUAUUGAACUUUUUGUACUACCUGCUUGUUGAAAUUCUUCCUUCAUCUCUAGUCCUAUUCAUCCUGAGGAAAUUGCCACCAAAGCGCGGGAUCACACAGUAUCACCCCAUUCAGUGAUUCCGGGGUUACAUCACUGGUUUGCCCUGGUUAAACUUCAUGAGCUUUUGAAAGCUGGGGCUCCUCCUUACAGAAGUUUGCAGGAAAGAGAAAACCUAAAAUGGUGGUCUGCAGUGGCUGCAAAUGUUGGUCAAAGGAUUUGCUUGCUUCUAGGGAGCAUGCAAAGAAUGGGAAUAAUGUUGUGCAAGGUCUGUAUAGUAUUCCUUUUAGUAACAACAAUGCAUUUUGUUGGUUUAACCUUGCAUGGUCCAUCUUACAACAUCUCCACAUGUUUGAGGCCCUACGCCUCUAAAGUAUACAGCUAGUGUGGAUCUAAUAUGAUCUUUCUGAGAUCAUCUGAGCAUUAUUUCUGUUUUAUGCAUAAUUUAAGCUUUUCUUAACCAUUGGUUCUUUCUGUGUUA